AUGGUUCCUAAAGGAACAGAAGCCCUAAUUGAACAAGAUUUGGGAACCAUAGACACAAUCACACAACCUUUUGUUGUUCUACUGCAGCAGCAUAAAAAAGAAAAUGUUUCUGAAGUGAAGGAAGAUGAAUCAGCAAUACCCAAGGAGACAAAAGCCCAAGAAGAUUCUGUAGCUUCAGUGGAAAACACAGAUCCACCCCAGCAGCAUAAAAAAGAAAAUGUUUCUGAAGUGAAGGAAGAUGAAUCAGCAAUACCCAAGGAGACAAAACAAGCCCAAGAAGAUUCUGUAGCUUCGGUUGAAAACACUGAUCCACCCCAGGUUAGUCAGGAGGCCAGCAAAGCCAUCAUCUCUCCUUCACAGUUCAGUUUUCGUUUGCCUCCUGACUCCUUAACAUAUCCAAUGUGCAGUUCCGCAAAGACAGAAGACACUGAGAUGGUCAGUCAGAAGGCAAGCAAAGCCAUCAUCUCAGCUUCACAGUUCAGUUUUCGUUUGCCUCCUGAUUCCUUAACAUGUCCACCGUGCAGUCCAGCAAAGACAGAAGAUAUCGAGUUGAUCAAGCCGGGUACAGAAUCCAAGACUGAAGACAGUCACCAAGUAGCAUGCUGCACUCAAGCAGCCACAUCAGAACUACCUGCAACUCUGGAGAAUCUUGAACUUAAAAAGGAAGACAAGGAGAUUGAUCUGGACAAGCUGAAAGGUACUCAGGCCACCAAAGCCCAGCCCAGGCAGGUGGCAUCUCUUCCCUCUGCUAAAUCACGUAUGGAAGGACAAGCACCAUCUAACACUGCAGGGAGCUUUCAUCCUGUGGUAAAGGAAGACCCUAUGCCGGUGCCAGAAACCAAACAGGAUAUGAAUAUUAUUACCUUGACAGAUCUUUCAUCUGUUACUGAACUGUCCACACCUUCAUGUGCUGUUGAACCACCAGCUCGUCUUGAGACUACGGAAGCCCUUCUUUCCUUGGGAAGGGAAGAAGAUGAACUGCUGGAAUCCAGCCAGUCUACAGACCAUUUCGACCGUACUGACUCACCACCAGCUGUGGAAAUACCAUUUCCCUCUGACACCACAGAUGAAUGCCGAUCUGAGGGAAAGGAAGAACUUGAACUGACCCAAAUGGGAGGCAGCCAUGAGGACACAGAUUGUAGUCAGGCCUGUGAUGCUCUAGCUGGUGGCACUUCUGCCCUUCCAGUUAUUCCCAGUGAUGUUCAUUCGGUACCUGUGCUGGUGAGUGGAAAAGAGACUGCGCAGCCUUACUUCUGGGAAUCUGAAUCGUCUCUUCAUGCCCCAGAGUUUAAUUGGAGUGAUGGUGGCAAAGGAUGGGCACCUGAGGAUUACCAGGAACCAUCCUGGGCUCUGGAUAAAGCUAAAAAGUGUGGUGAUGUUUCAGAACCUGAGAGAAAUUUGGUGCUAUCUCAUUCCUCAUUUCAUUCUCGCUACUCUUCUGAUCGAAGUCCUGAUACUGGAAGUGUGUUGGAAUGCCGUUCUUCUUCAUCAAGGAGUCGUCAUAACAGUGAUUCAAAGCAUUCUAGCACACAAAGGACCAUAAAAUGUUUGCGAUCCCCUCUGAGGCAAGGCAGCCAUUCGAGAUCCCCUCUGAGACGAAGGUGGCAUUCGAGAUCCCCUCUGAGGCAAGACCGCAGCCAUUCGAGAUCCCCUCUGAGACGGUGGCAUUCGAGAUCCCCUCUGAGGCAAGACCGCAGCCAUUCCCGGGACUCAAGCAGAUCAUCUGGGGGGAGAGAGAUAACCAGGACAGAUUAUUGCAGUAAAUGUCACUGUAAGUGUUGCCAAAAGAGGUUCCGGGAGAGAGUGCUUCCUCACUCUUAUUCAACUCCUAAAAUGCAUCGCUACCAUCCCUCCAAAGAAACCAACAAAUCCUACAGAACAUCACAUUCCUACUCUCCAGAGAACUCCACAAUGACAAGAAAAAAGAAAUCAGCACGCCAAGAAGAAACGAAAAAAGGGAGAUCAGCCUCAGUGAAACGAAAAGGGAGAUCAACUUCAGUGAAACAAGUAAAGUCUUCCAAGGUAAAAUUGAAUGGCAGAAAAGUCCUAGCUCCUAUAAAUCAUGCGACUGCUUUAGCUGUUGAAACAUCCAUUCCAGCAGAGACUACAGAACACGUUCAGUCUGCAAACACAGAAGUGUAUGAGUCGGUCCAGCUGUCACCCAGCAGUGAAGACACAGGCUUUGCUCACCAGUCCUGUGCUAGGAAGGAAACUGGCACUUCAGCCCCAUCCAGGGUUGUUGAGGACCCUCGUUCUGUGGCUGUGCUCACAAAAACGAACCAAAUUGAACAGGACUAUCUGCAGGUCAUGCUCAAUUUUGCUGUGGUGGCCACUAUGCUGUUGCAGAAGGAGCCCUGCAUGGAGCAGGCACUGGAAGUAGCACUGCGUGCCAAUAUGAGAAGUGUUGGGGACUACUAUGAAAGCAUGCUGAAGAAUUUCAUUGACAACUAUGACUUAUCUGAGACCCACUGAAAAGGCAUAAUGAAAAGAUCUGAUGGUCAGUGUGGCCAAGGCCCUUUGGAGGACAGAAUGAAUGGGGUGGGAAGUUGCAGGAGGUUUUUGUUUUAACUAAAAGAUUAAAUUGGGCACAGCUAUGGAGCGGAGAUGAGAAGCCCCAGAGUUUGGGCUGCAGCAGCUAGAGGUUGUGGAGGCAGUGGCUAAAAGUCUUGCGACCCUUAUUGCUGUACAAAAGGAUUAGAGGGGAGUGGGAGAAAGAAGAUCAGUCUUUGGUACAGAAGUGUUGUGGCAGGUUCUUGGAAAGUGUUGACUUAAAGGCUUCUGGACAGGUCAGUAACUCCUGUGCAGGAGUAAUUGGGAUCAGAACAGUAAACUGGUUGUGGCAUGCUGCCCUGGUAUCAAGACUCCCCAUAACAUGCUAAUUCUGAGCUCUACAUUAAGUUCUGACUCCCUCAUGCUGUUAAAUGCA